GAGCGGAACGGAAGCCUGUGAGGUCAGCGGACGGUCGUGUUUCCGUCCGGACAUUUUAAAAGCGACGCACACAAAACCAUGGCGGCCAACAUAGAACAAAUCUUCCAGGAUUUUAUUCUGAAGAAGAUCCGAGAGAUCGAGGACCAAAGCGGCGACCCCGCCAGUGCGGAGGGAGAAGGAGGCGGUGAAAGGGCCAAGGCCGACAGGACCCCCCGGGACCCCGAGCAGCAGAGACCCCCCCAGAAGAAACACAAGAAGCACAAGAAACACAAGAGCAAGAAGAAGAGGAGGAACCGGGAGGAGCGCAGCAGCUCCGAGUCUGGAACCGACCCGGAGAGGAACGCUGAGCAAAGAAGAACGUCGUCCUCUGAGAAGAAGGAAGAAGGGGAGGAUCAUGGCGGCAAGUCCUCGCGCCGCAAGCAGCACUCCACGCGCAAGAAGAAGAAGAAGAAAAAGAGGAGGGGCGGAGACAGCUCGUCUGACUCCGACUCCGAGUUGGCGCCAAAGCAGAAGGAGGUGGAAGAGGGGCGGAGCUUACCGGCGGCGCUGCCCGAUAUAAUCCCCAAGCAGGACAGCUACAGUAAGCGCAGUGAGGAAGCGAGUGGGCGGAGCUGUUGCUCUCCUCAGGUCCACUCCUGCUCCCAGACAAGAACCUCGGAGCCUCGCUCCAGGAGCAGGUCCCCGUCCGGGCCGGAGUGUCAUCGUACCGGUUCCAGCUCCUCUGAGAAGAGGAGGGAUCUGGAGGAUCAGGGCCUCCAGGGUUCCUCCGCCAGCCUCCCGCCUCCUCACGGGAACGCUGACGGAGCUGAAGAAGAGCUGCCGGCGGAGGCGCCAGCCGCGGUCAAACAAACCCAGAAACGAGACUCUAAACCGGCUCCAGAGCCAGAGGUCCUCCAGUCUAAACCUUCAGAGAGCUCCAGGUCCAGUUCAGCCGCCGCCAAGCAUCAGACCAAGAAGAGGAGGAACCAUUCUCCUCAGAGGAGCAGCGAUGGAAGGACUUCAAAGAGACACAAAAGGUCCAGGUCUCCCCACAGGCGGAGCAGGAAGAGGUCCAGGAGGAGGUCCAAGUCCAGGAGCUCGUCAAGGGGAAGGAAGUCCAGAUCCAGGAGUCCGUCCCGGAGUAAAAGGUCCAGAUCCAGGAGUCCGUCUGGCAGGAGGAAGACCAGAUCCAAAAGUCCAUCGGGGAGAAGGAGAUCCAGAUCCAGGAGUCCAUCUGGCAGGAGGAGGUCCAGAUCCAGGUCGGCGGAGCGGAGGCGGCGGUCGCGCUCCCGCAGCCGGCGGAGGGUCGGCUACAGCCAGAGGGACCGCUGGAAACGCGAGCCGAGUCACUCCCCCGUGGUCAUCCUCCGGAAAAACAGGUCCCCCGCACGCAAGGAGAGGAGCCGCAGCAAGAGCCCCAAACGGAUCAGCGAGCUGGAUAAGGAGCAGUUGUUGGAAAUCGCCAAAGCCAACGCCGCCGCCAUGUGUGUGAAGGCCGGGAUGCCGGUCCCCGCCAGCCUCAGGACCACGGCGCUGCCCCUGGCUCUGCCCAGCAUGGCCAUGAACGCCGCCAUGGCCAGCAUGACAGCAGCCACGGUGACGGCCGCCCUGUCCAACAUGGGGACUCUGUCGUCACUGCUCUCGCUGCCGUCCACCAACAAGCCGGCGGCGGCGCCGGGCCAGUGCUCCGCCGCUGCUUUGGAGGAGGUGAAGAAGAAGGUGGCAAAGCAGGCCAACAGCCUCAGCAUCAAGGAGUUCACCGACAAAUGCAGGAUGAUCGUGGACAGCUCCGGGGAGCUGCCGGUCGCUGUACCCCACGUGUCCGACGACGAGGAUGACGCCAAACCGCUAGCUGCGAUUCAGCAAAAAGUCAUCAACAUCAACAUUAACAACGCCACUCUUCGUCCCACGGUGCGCAGCGAUGCAGGAAAGGCCAAAGAGUUCCCGGUGUCUUCAGGGUCCCAGCAUCGAAAAAAGGAGGGGGAGGCACUGAGCGCCUACGGGGAGUGGGUUCCAGUGGAGCGGACGGCUGAGAAGGCCACAGCGGCGCCCAAAAAGCCCCCAUCAAACCUUCUUCCCGUGAAGUCCAGCCCGGCAGAGCCGUCCGCGGCGCCGCUGGACUCCGAGCAGGCGGCGAGGAGCGUGGAGAGCGACAGCGUGUUUCCUGACUUACCUGCGCAGCCCGUAGACAUCACUCAGGCUGUAGCAGAGAGGAUCAAGGCUCAGAGGAGGCUGGCCGAGAACCCCAACGACAUCAGCGCCAUGUGCAUGCUGAGCCGGGCUCAAGAGCAGGUGGACGCGUGGGCCCAGUCCAGCAGCGUCCCGGGUCUCUUCACCGGCUCUACCGGAGCGCAGGUCCUCAGCUCCGAGGAGCUGUCCAGCAGCGGUCCUCAGGCGUGGUUGAAGAAGGACCAGUUCCUCAGGGCAGCGCCGGUCUCCGGCGGCGUGGGCGAGUUCCUGAUGAGGAAGAUGGGCUGGAAGACCGGAGAGGGGCUGGGAAGGAACCGCGAGGGAACCGUGGACCCGAUCGUCAUCGACUUCAAGGUGGACCGAAAAGGUCUGGUUGCUGAAGGAGAAAAACCACAGAAGCAGACGGGGGGGCUGGUGGUGACCAAGGACAUGAUGGGGAAGCAUCCGGUGUCGGCGCUCAUCGAGUUGUGUAACAAACGGAGAAUCAUGCAGCCGGACUUCGUCUUGGUUCAUCACAGCGGACCGGACCACCGCAAGAACUUCCUGUUCAAGGUCACCGUCAACGGCGAGGACUUCCAGCCUCAGACUGCCAGCCCCAACAAGAAGCACGCCAAAGCCAUGGCCGCCACGGUGGCGCUGCAGGCUCUGGGGGAGGUUCCCGCCGAUGGACCGGGACUCUACACCGGCCCGGUCUUCACCGCCGCCUCCACCGGUCCGCUCUUCUCCACGUAGUCCUGGUGGCGGUGAGGAGAGCGCGGCCCGGUUCUCUGGGUUCUGCGGGUUCAUCAUCGUUUUUAGCUUUAGCUUCUCCUCCCUGUGACGCCCAAACGUGUACAGACCCGGCGGUUCUGACCAGCAGGGGGCAGAGUUGAACCUCAGCAGAUGUUCUGAUGGGAGUCUGUGAGGCCGAGGAUCCAGAACCCUCUGAGGAGGUUCUUAAGAACUCUGGAAGGAGCUGAUGAAAAGGGUUCUGUUCUGGACGGAGGAGAAGAUCCAACUGCCGGAGGACGCAGUGGAGGCGGGGCCUGUUUGACGGUGGCGCCAAGACUUUUUAACCGGAUCUAUACGUCGCCCACUUUGUACGUGGAGGGCUCCAGGCUCCGCC